UUGCCCGCUCACCAUUAUUUCGUCUGCCGCGCCAUGAAGGGAAGUUGUACAACGGAAGUCGAGCAGAGCAGACGAUGAAAAAACGUUUUCUACAUCGCUUCAUCAUGAUACUUAAGGUGAUCCACAAGAGGAAGAUGUUGAUUAGCAUUUUAUUCGGCCUGGUAGUCUUGACAAUCCAUGGAUUAACAAUCAGCAGUGGGCACAUUGUUUCAACGGAGACUUCCAGGGAGUAUCGCCCCAAUUUGACCGUUUCGAAACGUCGGAAUCUUCUCGUUUCUUCGGAACGGGAGUCGAGGACUAUCAAGGAAUAUCCCGAGAUCUUAAAUGUUAAUAUUUGUGAUAACCGUUCAGAGGUGUUCCUUGUCUUUAUCAUCAAUUCAGCUCCUGGGAACAUAAUACGAAGAAACAGGAUCCGUCGGACUUGGGGUUCAAUACGGAAUUACCGCGGUUAUGACAUGCGUUACGCAUUCUUUUUAGGAGGAAUGGACCAAAAAACGUACCUAACGGUAUCAAAUGAAAGUAGGAAAAACGAUGAUAUUGUCGUGUCUGGAACAUAUAAAGAUGAUUAUCUUAACAUGACCCGGAAGACCUUAUUUUCAAUGGGUUGGGUCAGAACUCAUUGUCCGUCCGCUAGUUUUGUGAUCAAGUGCGAUGACGAUGCGAUGGUGCUCCCGAAGAAUCUUUUGGAAUAUCUGUUGCAGUUACGAGUGGAGCAAAGUCUUAAUCUCUUCGCUGGUUUCCGUGAGAGAGAAGGGGCUACAAAGUUCGGCAAGGAAUCUAAAUGGCAUGUUCGAGCAGAUGUGUGGCCAGCUGAUCUCGCCUACCCAGCCUAUCUGAGGGGAUACUUCGUAUUGCAUUCAAUGAGGGUGGUUAAAAAGUUCCACGAAGCGUCUUUUCUCAUCAAAGAGAAAUACAAUGUGUCACAAGCUGCACAUAUUGAUGAUGUGUACGUUGGAUUACUCGCUAAGGACGUGGGGGUAGCAGCGGAGUGGCUUCCCCAUCUCUUCCUCAACCCACCAGACACGGAUCAGUGUCAGGUUUGGGGAAUGAUAGCAACUCUCUACAAUAUCAAGGAGACAAGCAAGUGGAUCGCGUAUUGGGAGGCAAUAAACAAUUUUGAUCCAUUAAAACAUGAAUGUUUGAAUGUAAGAAAACUUAUAUAUACUGCAGGGUUAUCAUAGUUAUCAUAGGUGGAUAGUACGAGUAUUUACCUUAAAAAUGUGGUGUCAGUGACGAUCAGAAGUAACUGACGAAGUAGCUGUAUUACUACGAAAGCUUUGGUAAGCUUGACAAUGUUUAUGCUUUUUUAAAGGUCAAAAACCUUGAGUUUGUCAUGCAUAGAGAUACUAAACCCUUUUCCAGUGGUUUAGACAGUGACAUUGUCAUUAGAUAAGAGGAGAUCGCUAAACUAAAUAGAUAAUACCAAGAAUUAAAAAAGACUAGCCUCUUAAUUCUUGAUAAUACCAUGAUAUGACCUGUAUAUUAAGUCAUUAAUCAUACAUGUGGGUGCAGAUCUAUAGAUGUGAGCUAUAUAUUAUGCAAGUUGGCACCAUACAACGCGGAAUAAUUAGGGCCACCUGGGAGCUUCUUGGCUUAUGUCAACGAUUUGUCAAAGACCUUACGUAACAUGUUAUACGUACACGGUACAUACCAUACAAUAACGAUUUCUUGGCCAUUUUACAGCUAUACGUUGAGUAUAAUGUCGACUGCGAUGCCUGAUGGCAAACUGUUAGUCAGUAUAAAUCCAAUACUUCAUGUUCUGUAUACCAGUUAAAAUGAUUGCAAAGACAUACACGUUGGUGUCGCCCACUCCCACUUCUGCUUUGGGUGGCUUCUGCUUCAGGUGGUGAACGUUUCGUUUCUGAAGCUACAUGUACUACAUGUAUGUAGAUUUCUAUACGUUCAGAUCAACUCAUGCUACCACUAGACGGAGGAAACAUCGUUAACAGCAUUCGCCAAAGCAGCAGCGACAAGCAUAUACUAUCACUGCGCAAGGAGUAUGCGUUGAUAUGACAAAUGACCCAAGGCGUGGCCCUGGAGCGCUGUAUCCACCAUGCAAUUUCCGUUCGAACAGUGAUGUUUGUCAGUUACGCCUAUUCUUUUGAAGAUGUCGUUUAAUAGUGCCACUACGUGAUUCAAGUAAUUUAAUUAACCCUUCGAGUCUUACAGACACGUUUCACAUUGCAGCCGGAGGUUGGAAAAUGCCCGCGUUAGAUUUGUGCCGCAGUACUUCGAUAUAUCAGCAUUUUUGAAAUUCAUAUCCCGUUCGUAUUAACACUAAUACGGCCUUGAAGGAAAUGGACAAAAAAACUGAUCAAAAGUGUGUCCCUUAUUCCAUGAGGAUGUCAGUAGCAUAGGAGUGAUGAAUAAUAAGUUAAUCCGGGGUUAAUGUUCGCUUUUCUGGCCCUGCACACAGGGCCGGGCCGGAGAAGCGAACGUCUUGUAAGCUUAACACCUGAUUUCCUCAGGAUGAGGGACACAAUAUAUGUACGUAGAUAGAUUUUUUAGAAGGGUAUGAUAUCUGCGCAUUUAGUCACAUUCGGCAACUUUGCAAGCUUUUUUCCCUGUGAAUACAUAAUAUUCAUGGACUUGUGCCACUAUUUCCGGAGCACACAAACUUUGCGUGCGACAGGUGCACUCUUCCCGGAACGUCUACCAGCGUUCAGUCUAUAGAGAAGAUCUGCUUGGAAGAUGUCGAAGUCGUGGGCAAAGUUUUAAAAAGCCCGCCAGUUUGUAUGAAUUCUCUCCAUAUAAUAUAAAUCCGGCGAAGACAAAAGGAAACCUCUCAGUAUUUUUUGCUUAUCAUGGUCUAGAUAACGUCUUUAGUUAGUUGGAGCUCUUUCAAAGCCUGUGCUACAUGUAUAUAAGUAACGCGACACCAAACUAAAAAAUUACGGCAUUAAAGUGAGAAGUAUAUACAUGUACUUAUUUGUAAAAAAUUGAAGUUCAUGUUUCAUUAUUUCGGACUGCAGGUUGGACUUUCGUCCUUCAGGAAAUCAGGUGUUAAUGUUUACUAUACAGGGUGUGCAGUGCCGGAGAAGCGAACACUAAUCCCUCUGAUUUCCUCAGGAUGGGAUUGAGGUGACACCGCCGAUUAAUCGGCGUGUCGAGUUUCAACCUUAUUCUCGUUUCCGGUCUAGAGCGAUGUCAUCAAUUCCGAAAAAGGUUGACGAGCCCCUAUCAUUUUAGGCCUCAAUAUAUAGGUUCUGGUAAUAAGAGAGGCAGGGAGGUCAUGGAGUGCCACUAGUUGAAUAACGCG